ACCGCGGCGGCCCCUUCUCGUGUCGUCUAUCUUCUGUCCUCCGUGUGUACCCGUGUGUGUUUCUCUCUGUCUUGCUGCAUCAUCAGCAGCAGCAGCCGCGCUUCUGAAGCAGCUUUGCUCCACCAACCAGAUGAGGACGAGGCGUCAUCGGCGACCUGACUGCCAAUACUCUAUACGGCCCACUUACCGAUGAACCCGGCUCAGUUACCGUUAUGUGUUGUCUGCAGCUUUUCCUCUUCUGGAUUCCAACAAAAGUCCAGCAGCAGAAGCAGUAGCAGCAGUAGCUACGUCCACGACUUGGUGCUGUAGCUUGCACCGAGUAGACAGAGCUUGUUUAUUGACGCGCGGCCACCUAUUUUUAGGGGCCUUGGUUUUACUCGCUCCUUAUGUAAAGCUCCUUCCUUCCGGAGGCAAGACUUGGGCGGUAAAGUUGCUUCUGCUGCUGCUACUGCUGCUGCUGGUGCACUUCUUUGUGUCGAUGUACGGGUGCAGAUAAAAACACUUAUAAUAGUUGCUAUAAUGAUAAAAAGUGCCAAGAUGUGCCGUGAUGUGUCAUGUUGUUGUUGUUAUGGUUGCCUGGCUGACUGAUAUGGUUGAUUUUGGGUUGGUUGUUUUUGACACAUGCCUGUCUUUUGUAACGAGUGCGCGCGGUGAUGCGUGCCGCUGCUUGCAGGGGGUGCUCGUGGAGGUCCCCGGGCUAUGGACAGCAUGGUCGAGGAGAACGGAUCUACGUCAGUGGACCCGCUGGCAGCGCCUGGAUCGGCGGCUGGGGCGGCCCAGAGCGGCGACGGCACGCCUAUCAUCACCUCGGUACAGUCAGUGAUACAACCUAACCAGCAGUCAGUCAUUCAAACGGCAGCAAACGUUCAACCUGUGGCUCUUUCCAAAGGAAACAUUAUUCUCGUCAGCAAACCCAGUUCAGUGAUACAAACAGCGCAAGGGAGCAUCCAAGCCCUUCAGGUUGUGGAAACAGCCAGUGAUGACAGUUAUUCUGAUGAAGAAACUCCAAAAAAACGAAGGGAUCUUUUGUCGAGGAGACCAUCCUAUAGGAAAAUUCUAAACGACUUGGGUGGUGGUGAAAUAGCUGAGGGUCGUUUGCCUCCCCUUGAAUCCUCUUCUGAAUGUGAUUCUAAUGUGGACAGUGAAGUAUCUUCCCAUUCGCUCCAUUACCAAACAGUCAUACCCGCAGGAACUAUUCAAAUAGCUACUCAAGGAGAAGGUGUUCCGGGGUUGCACACACUAAGCAUGAGUAACACAACUUCUGCUGGUGGUACUAUUGUACAAUACGCUCAGGGUCAGGAUGCUCAAUUUUUUGUACCAGACUGCAAAUAUAAUUUCAAUAACAUUUCAGCAAGCACCGGGCAUGGUGUUGUGGUCGAAGAUGCAGCGAGAAAGCGCGAAAUGAGGCUUCUCAAAAACAGGGAGGCGGCCCGCGAGUGCCGGAGAAAAAAGAAAGAGUACAUCAAAUGCUUGGAGAACCGUGUAGCUGUGUUAGAAAAUAGAAAUCAAACACUAAUCGACGAACUGAAGUCGCUCAAAGAAUUGUAUCAGCAAAAAGCCGACUGAGGAUGGUACUCAUUGGUGGAGUACCAUUUAAACAUUAAAGUCGUUGUACAAUCAUGUAUCUGUUGCACAGGAUGCUGCACUGAUUCAUGUACAUUGUCAUUGAUGUCCUUGGGCAAAAAGGGAAAGGUGAUGUACGUGCACACGCAUACACUCGUCUAGAUAAGUGUUUCUUGUAACAUAUUGUAUUUAUGUACAACUACAAAGGCUUGUGAAACUUGCUGUUACUAAAGCGAGAAGCCAAAGUUUUACACGCAAAACAGAUAACAGUCACACGAGAUUGAAGUACAUCAUAUAGAUAUAUAGAUAUAUAUUUUUUGUUUUAUUUUUUUCUUUUAUAAUGUAUAGACGAGUAAUUUUACUCUGAAUGAAAUGUUGAAACUAAAAUGUGAGACAUGGAUCGUGUAGUUUUAUUGCUCUGCCAUAUAAAUGUAAUUUAAAACUUUUUAUUGCGAGUGUCGAGGAAAAGCUGAUAUUGGAAGAGCAGUGUACCUUGGGGACAGAUAUUUAUUUUGUUGUUAUUAAACAACGGUGUUAAUAAUUGUAACGAGCAUCGAUGAAAAUCUUGUCACUAUGAUGUAUUUUGAAAAUAUUGCAACAGCACUCGGAAUAACAGUUUAACGAAUGCUGGAACAAAUGUUACACAUUUGUAAAAUACAAAUGUAAUAUAAAUUUGGAGUGCCUUGCAGAUUUGAGAGUAUAAAUAUAUAUAUAUGAAAACAUGUGUUAUACGUAAUGUAACAAAUCUAAUAGUAUGUCAACUAAACAACUAUCUAUGGACAAAAUAUUUUUAAAUGACUUAAUACUGAACGUUUUAUGGUAGAUCAAACUUACCUAUAUAAAUAGUUUUCGGUUAAUAAACAUCAAGAUGUUGAUAUCUUUUUGUUGAGCUGAAGUGCAACACGAAAAACUGUGGUGUAGGUUAAUCUGCAAUGGUUUUGAAUAAAUUAUUUAUUAUUUUCAUAUAAAUUGGAUUUUUUUUUGUUCUAUAUAUUGGAUGCAUUUGUGUCGGAGUGUCGCCAGUAAUAAUGUGCAAAAAGUUAUGUCCAGAUGUUAAUUCGCUAUUUUCUACUGAAUAAAUUGUUAGUCUUGAUGUUGAGGUAGGCUGCACUAAAGAAGUUUAUGUCGUAACGUUAAUAAUAAUUAAAAAAAAAAAAAUGAGUUCGACUUUACAUUGUAAGGUGCAUCAACGUUAAAAAUGAAAUUUAAUAUCCAAAAAUUAAAAUGGCAUGGUUCUAUUGGAGAAUAUUAUAAAACAAAAAAGAAGAGAUCUUUAACUGUUUGAUUAAAUCUCACUUGUAAUUAUAUGUAUAGUAUGUGUAUAUCUUGGUUACUGCGCUUAUAAAUUAGAGUAUUGAGUAUUGUAAAUAGAUAUGAUAUAUACAUGUAUUUUUACAUAUCAUUGGCCUUCUUCAAAAAGUAUUGCUUGUAAGUCUAUUGAUAAAAAGGUUUUAUCCAUUUUCCUAAUCGACAGAAUGAAGACCAAAUCGUAUGAAAUAUAAAUUUAUUUUCAGUUCAGCUGAAAGAGAAAUAAAUAUCACUAAAGAGUAAAAAAUAAAUAAAUAAUAUAAAAACUAAUUUUGUACACCGAAAGAAAGAGAAGGAGAGAGUGAAUAACACUAAAUGUAAUGGAAUUCACAAUAAAACUUAAGUGAUAUGAAAUAGUAAUAAACUAUUUGCUGUUCAA